AGUUUAAAAAUGGUCUAUUGACAACACCAAACAAGAUGUCGGAUUAUUCAAGAUUCUAGUUAAUUUUCACGAUCUGUUAUGUUAUUUAUUUAAACUAGAUCUAUAUUUAUUAAAAUUACUACGUUAGAUAUAGCUAUGUAGAUACAGCUAGUAGUAGAUCUAGUACUGUGAAGUCAAAGUGAAAAUGCCUAAGGGCAAAAAGAAAACAAAAGGCAAAGGAAAGGGUAAAGGUAAAAGCAAAGCUAAGAAAGACGUGUUAGGGGCUGACGGAGAUUCCAAGAAGCUUCUAAAAACCUAUGAGAGAAACUGUUCCAUGGCUAACUCUCAGAUGUGUCCUGGCAUAAAACAAUUAUUAAAAGCUGCAGCCGAGGAAAAUAAAGUUAUUACUAAGUUCAUUCUAGAAUCUGUCCAAGUUGUGAAAGAAAAUGACCUUCCAGUUUUACUUGACCCUUUCCUUUCUGCUCUGAGACAAGAACGUUACAAACAUGUCAAGGACUUGCACAUAUGGGAUUAUUUAAUGUCAUAUGAAGAUAUGGCUUAUUUGGCUCUUCUUCUUGAGAAAUCAAUAUUUCCCAUAAGAUUAUUGGAACUUUUGGAUUGCCUGAUUGAUUGUCAGACUAUUCCCAGACUUGCCAGAUCCUUGAUUUUCUGUGAGCAGAUGACAAUAUUGGUUUUAGAUUACAAUGAAUUUGGUGAUGAAGGAUGUAAGCUGCUCUGUGCAGGGCUUGCUAGCAACAUUACAUUACUAUCUCUUAGUUUGUCCUAUUGUAAUCUGGGAGUAAAGAGUGGUACCUACUUGGGACAUACUGUGUCCAACACUGCCAUCAGUGAACUUUACUUGGAUGGAAAUGAGCUUCAGACUGAAGGUGCAAUAGAGCUGAUCAAAUUGUUGGUAGAUCAAGCAGAGCUGGAAGCUUACCAAAGGGAAGAGGAAGCCAAGAGACUGGAGGAAGAAAAAAUUGAACAGGCAAAUUUAGAAAGAAUCAAGAGAUAUGAGAGUGGAACUGAGGCAAGUGUUGGAAGUGAGACAGAAGUGACCUCGCAGACAGAAAAAGGAAAGAAAAAGAAAAAAAAGGGGAAAGGCAAAAGGAAGAAAAAGAAGAGAGCUCCCAAAGGCCCACCACCUGUGGGACCAUGGCUUAACAAGCUUCACUUAGCAGAUAAUGGAAUUGAUGGCUAUGGUGACAGUGGACAGCUGGCUCCAAUAAUCUGCAUGAGACUUUUUAAGAAGCUGUUAAUGAACUCAAAGUGUUUUGUGGAAUUAGAUCUGGAAGACAACUCUAUUGGUGAGCUCGGAGGCCGAGAGAUUUUGGAAGGACUCACUGCUAGGAAAGAAGCUAAACUUGGAGCCUGUAAGGUUCGUACAAUACACAAGAUGACUGCAGACACUUUCAAUGCUAUUGUCAAGUUGGGAAGUGGCUUGAAAAAGAAAGGAAAAAGAAAAGGAAAAAAAGGAAAAAAGAAAAAGAAAUAAAGGAACUUUAGAACAUAAGUGCAAGUGUCCAAAGGAUUUGUUGUGAAGUGUGAUACAACUACAGUAAGAAUUGUUCUACUGACCAAAACACAUUUUUAUGGGUCCCAAAUGCUGCUGUACAGUCAAUAUGUUUUACCUACCCUAUUUCUAUGAAUAUGCUGUAAUCAAUGUUAGAAAGUACUUUCAAAAUUAUCUUAUUAGUAAAUACUAUUAAAGUUACCUUGUUAAAAAGUACUUACAAAGUCAUUAUAUUGAUGCGCCAAAGCAAGCUCCUUUUUCUUUGUUUGAUUAUGUCAGAAAGAUAUUUAAGAAGGUAACUUUGCAUACAUUUUGUCAGAAACAUUUUUAAAAAGGUAACUUUGUAUACAUUUGGGCUCAAGUAACUUAAGCUUGACUUCUUUUUGUCCACUAUAUAAAUAUUUGAAUUGUUGAAUGGCCUAUGACAGACGUGAAUGUAGCCAAGCCAUCUUUAUUUUUUGGGCCUCAUGCUGUUUUCAGUAGGCCAUUACAUUGUAAUUUUUUUUUUGCAUAUACUGUUAGUUCAAACUGUCUCAAUAUUGAAAUGCUGAGCAAUUAAUAAGUACAUAUUAGUAGGUCCAUCAAAAAAUUGAAAAUAAAAUGAGCUUCCAAAUGGAAAAUGUAUAAUUAAGUUUAAAACAACUAAUUUUAACAACAUAAACUUUGAAUAUAAAUUUGUUGAUAUAAAAAUAAAAACUAUUAUUCAUACUGUCAGCUUCCAAACUAUUUUGUUUCCAUUCUAAGUGGUUUUAAAAAGUAAACUCCAUAAUAUAUAUGUAAAUAAAUACAUACAGCUGAAAUCAAUUGUGAUAUUUUCAAAUGUGUGUGAUAUCAAAGAACUAUUUAUUACAAUGUGUUUACAUUUGAAAGCUUUUUGGCUGAAUUUUUUACAAAUCCAUGUAUUAUUUUUCUAUUGCACUUUACAAAGUUUGUUAAAGUUAUUUACAGAAUUAUAUUUUUAUUGCUAUACCAAAUGUAAUCUGAUGCAUUCAAAUGCUAGCAAGUUAUUGCCACAAUUAAACGAACAUGAAGAAAUACUUUUUUUCUGAUUGCUAAAUACAUUAUAAAUCAUGAAUUUAUAUUAAGCUUAACAUUUUUUUACAUUUGAAACAAAAAAAAAAAGAACAUUUGUUGAAUUUAAUUCUUUAAACAUUUAAAACAAAUGCUAUUGUUGAUGAAAAGCUUACAAGUUUUGAUUUAGAAAAUUGAAAUAAACAAACGUUUAGGGUCUGCACUUUUUCAAUCUAGCAGAUAAUGUAUUCUAUUUUUUUUUUAUGUAAUAAUAAAAUAAUGUUCAUUUUUA